UUUUAAUUUUUUCUGCAAGGAAAUAUAGCAUGGUCAGAAAUGGUCAGAAAUUAAAGUGGUACAAUGAAUAUAGGAAAGUUUACAAAAAUACUGCAUAAAAAACAAACACUCACCUAUUUAUUAGGUGUAUGUGUUCCUUCUAAUAAAUAUAAUGCUGCUAAAAUACGAGUACGUCGUUUAGAAUUUGAUGACUAUCUUUCAAUGCACUUUUCUACAUUUGAAUUUGUUUAUGCUACUGACCCAGAAAAACUUUGUAAAACUGGUGAUACAGUUUUAAUACAAAAUUUACCUGAAAAAUUAACCCGCUUCAUUACUCAUAAGAUUGUUGAAGUCAUUUAUCCACUUGGAAAUAUUGUAGAUCCUGUAACUGGCAAACCAGUUAUUGCAGCAAAAUAUAGGGAGACUGUGCAAGAAGAUGCUGAACUAUUUGGAAAAUUACCAUCGAUGUAUGAUUUCACUAAACCAGUAGAGAGGGGAAGACUGGAAAACAUACGAGAUUUCUCGAGCAGAAAAACUUACGUGAAACAUAAGAAAGAUGAAAAUCAUCCUGAUCCAUAUGCACUAGACCCAGUGUAACUUACUAAUUAAAUCUGUUACCAACUAAUAAAUAAACGAAAUUUCUGAAACAAAAAUCAUGAUUUAUUGUGUAGUAUAUUUUAAAUUGAAAUAUAAGUUUCGAGAAUAAAAA